AUGGCCUUCUGUAAAACCGAUUCCACACGCUACAAUAGCAUCCAGGCCGAUGGAGACCCUGAUCCGUUCACGGAACAGGACAUGAGAACAGCAGAAGUUGAACGUUGGAGUGAUGCAAUGGCCCAGGUCUCCUUGUCUAUUAAAGACUACCUCAAUCAGCUCCGAAUGCCUGUUAACUUGUUUGCCAUCCAUGAACGCAAGAGCGUUGAAGCUGUCCUCGACAGGAAAUUACAUUGUCGGGGAUCGCGGUAA